AUGUCCCAGUACACCAAACAAACCUGGACCGCAGCCCCAACCCUCACAACCACUACAGCCCCCACAAACGACGCCGACGGGCAACAUACCCAACAUACCCAACAAACCCAACAAUCCCAAGACUCGGCGGCAGUCGACUAUACCUAUCAUCACGCCAGCGCCCGACUCGUCACAAGACCCAUAAGCCUCAGCAAACUCGACCUCCAAAAAUAUGGUUGCCUCCUUCCUCCUUCUUCCUCUUCCUCUUCCUCUUCCCCUUCUCCUUUCCCUUCCCAUCUGUCACUCUCUCAAGAAAAAGAGAAAGAGCAAGAGGCGGAGACCUUCCUCCUAUCCAUCUCCUCAUACGACCCGGAUUCAAAGACGGUCAAACGCAAAGUCCUCAGCGUCCUCAGUCUGGAUGACGACAUCGGCUUGAUGAACCACGCCAAACGCUCGAUCCGCUUGCCAAGAGGUGGAUGA